AUGCCAUCUACACUCCCUGCCUUGCUCUGCCUCGGACUGUAUCUGAGCCUGAGCGUCGGCGCCCAGAACCAGACCCUCUCAAAGCCCCUCAUCUGGGCCAAACCCAGUUUCAUGGUUCCAAACGGGGCGUCGGUGUUCGUCUGGUGCCAGGGAACUCUCAGGGCCAUUGAGUACCAGCUGCGUUUUGAGGGACUCUUCUCUGCCUUGGAGAGACCUGACCCCCCUGGGCUGACGAACCAAGUCAAGUUCUCCAUCCGGCCCAUGACCUCCUCCACUGCAGGGCAGUACACGUGCUUCUACCGAACUGGGGAGCUCUGGUCAGAGCCUAGUGACCCUCUGGACCUGGUGAUAACAGGAAUGUAUGACAGGCCCACCCUCUCCGUUCACCCUGGGCCCGAGGUGCUCCCAGGAGAGAACGUGACCUUCUCUUGCCACCUAGAGACGGCAACAACCACGUUCUUUCUGCAUAAGGAGGGGAUGGCCAGCCGCCCGUGGCGCAGAGUCGACAACAGUCCAGCAGCGUUCUCCAUGGGCCCCGUGACCCCAGCCCACAGGGGGACGUACAGGUGUUUUGGUUCCUAUAACGAGCACAUGUGGUCUUUCCCCAGUGAGCCUGUGAUGCUCCUGGUCACAGGAGAUGCCGGGGUCGCUGACCUGGCAUCCACAGGACAGCCCUCUUCCCCAGACUCUUUGGAACCCCACCGGUCAACCACAAAGAAGGGACUCCGGAAAGAUCUGAUCCCCUGGGAUUACACGGCGGAGAACCUCUUUCGGGUUGGCCUGGGCCUCCUGGUCCUGGUGGCCCUUAUGUGCCUCCUGGCCCACACCCGGCUUUUGAGGAAGAAGACAAAAAGGGCCUCGAGUCAGGAACGCAGGAGAAGGUUAAGAUGGCAAGGAGCCCUGGACGAAUGACCGAGAGAUGUGGUGGCCAUAGGUGAAGCUGAAUGCUGACCUUGACCUUGAGCUGGGUGACCUCUAUGUUGGAAGGAAACUAGGGGACAACUGCGUGGAGUUUGAUGAACCAAGGCAGGAGGAGGGAGGAAGAGGCUAAAUGUCUCCUGCAGGAAAAUCCCACUGUCUCUUCUAGCUUCUCAGUAUUUUGUUGUUG